AAAGUUGUCCGCACAAUGCUAGUAAUAUUUGUGGUGAUCGCUGUGCCAAUAUUUCUGUAUGUUUACGCGAAAUGGAAAUAUUCUUAUUGGAAACGAAGGGGGGUAGAGCAACCGGAACCGGAAUUCCCUUUCGGCAACUUCAGGGGUACGAUUCUGAAGAAAAUGACGUUUGAAGCGACAGCGGGGAUAUACUAUAACAUAUACAAAAAGUCUCAUAAGUAUGUGGGACUUUACAUGUUCACUGCUCCACUAUGGCUGGUCAUGGACUUGACGCUGAUAAAGCGCAUCCUACAACAGGACUUCCAACAUUUUACGGAUCAUUUUUCUUUCCACCACGACACCCAGAUCCUAACCAAUCACCUCUUCAGCAUCGAAGGGGACAAAUGGAAAACGCUCAGAGCUAAAAUGACUCCCACUUUCACGUCCGGAAAGAUGAAAAUGAUGUUCAGCAUAGUCUACGAUCUCAGCACUAAACUAGAAUCGUCAGUUCUGGAAAACCACAUCCAAAAUCCAAAAAGCAUGAGCAUAAGGGACACCGUCGCCAGGUUUUCCACGGACGUGAUCGCAAGCUGCGCGUUUGGCCUGGAAACCAAUUGCAUCGAUAAUCCAGACACGGAGUUCCGAAAAUACGGCAGAAGGGCGUUCCAUCCCAACAAGCUUCGCAUACUGGAGCAGAUAGUCAACUGGAAUUUACUGGCGAGGUUGGGGUACCUGCGUUAUCCCACGGACGCGACCAACUUUUUCUUGGACGUUGUCAAAAAGACCGUGGAAUUCAGGGAAAAAAACAACGUUCUCAGGAAUGACUUUGUGCAGCUCCUGUUGCAGCUGAAAAAUAAGGGCAAGUUGGAGGACGGUGGCGAUAUAUCAAAAACUGGCGAGGGAAUAAUAACUGACAAUGAUGUGGCUGCCAUGAUGUUUCUCUUUUAUUUAGCUGGUUUCGAAACGUCUUCAACGACAACUUCGUUUUUGUUCUACGAAUUGGCCUCUCACGAGGAGAUUCAAGACAAAUUGCGCCAGGAAAUAAAAGAAGUCAGUGCCAAAUACGGAGGGAAAUUGACGUACGAGGCUUUGCAAGAGAUGCACUACGCUCAAAUGUGUAUCGAUGAAACCCUGCGACUAUACCCACCAGUUCCUUUUCACACUAGAGUGUGCACAAAAGCGUAUAAAGUGCCCGAAGCCGACCUGGUAAUAGAAAAGGGCACUCAGGUGAUUAUUCCCGUUAUUUCGAUACAACACGACCGGGAUAUAUACCGAAACCCGGAGGAAUUCAACCCGGAGAACUUCAGUGAAGGGAAAAAGAAGAACAGAAUUUCCAGUGCAUGGCUGCCGUUUGGCGAUGGCCCUAGACAAUGCAUAGGCAUGAGAUUUGGCUACAUGCAAGUGAAGCUGUCCAUUGCCGCGCUGUUAAAGAACUUCAAAUACCGUCUUCACGAAAGCACCCCGAAGAAGUUGGAGUUUAUGAUGGACGUGCUUGCCUUGCGUCAAGAAAAGGAAAUCCUUUUGAACGUUUCACGAAAACGAGCAGCUACUAUAAACAACCGUUCAUUUAAACAAGUCGCGGUGGUUAUCGCCAUGUUAUUGAUAUUGUUUGUGUUAGCGGUGUCGGUGUCUUUAUAUUUCUACGUAAAAUGGAAGUACACAUACUGGGAAAGGAGGGGGGUGGCACAAGCGGAAGUGAAGUUCCCCUUCGGCAGCUUUAAACACGCUAUCUUGAAGAAAAUGACUCUGGAGCAAAACAUUCAAUUGUUUUAUAAAAAAUUUAAAGACGACCAGAGAUACUUCGGGAUGUACCUUUUCUUCGAACCCGUUUGGAUCGUUACGGAUUUGCACUUAAUAAAAAGGAUCAUGCAACCGGAUUUCCAACAUUUUACCGAUCACAAUUUUUACCAUCACGAUAAAGAGAUGCUGACCAAUCACCUCUUCAAUUUAGAGGGCGAACGCUGGAGAACAUUAAGAGCUAAGCUCACACCUACCUUUACCUCCGGCAAGAUGAAGAUGAUGUAUAGCAUAGUCUACCAGAUGAGCAAAAUAUUGGAAUCCUUGGUUGAAAAGCAUGUUACCGCUAACAAACCGUUGGUGAUAAGAGACGCCGCAGCCCGUUAUUCGACCGAUGUGAUCGCGAGCUGUGCGUUUGGUUUGGAAACGAAUUGCCUAACGGAACAGGACGCACCUUUUAGGUACCACGGCAAAAAAAUAUUCGAGUCCAGGCCAUUGAAGGCUUUACUCGAGCAGUUUGUCAAUUGGAACGUUCUAGCCGCCUUGGGGUUCCGGUUCUUCCCGGAAGACAGCACCAAGUUCUUCUUGGACGUAGUGAACGAUACGAUCGAAUACAGAGAGAAAAAUAAUAUACAAAAAAACGAUUUUGUACAUCUGUUGCUCCAACUGAAGAACAAAGGCAAGUUAGAUGACGGUGGUGACCUCACCAAGACCUCUCAGGGUACGUUGACCUACGAGGACGUGGCAUCGAGUAUGUUUGUGUUCUACCUAGCAGGUUUCGAAACGUCUUCGUCCACAACAUCCUUUUUGUUUUACGAGCUUGCCAAACAUCAAGACGUUCAAGAUAGAUUAAGAGAGGAAGUUCGAGAAGUGUUGGAAAAACACAAUGGGAAGUUGACAUACGAUGCCCUACAAGAAAUGCACUACGCUCAGAAGUGCAUUGAUGAGACUUUAAGGUUGUACCCACCAGCGGCUGUGCAUUUUAGAAGGUGCACCAAGACGUAUCAAGUACCGGAUUCGGAUUUGGUGAUUAAGAAAGGUGUUCUUGCGAUUUUGCCGACAUUUGCCAUCCAACGCGAUCCAGACCUGUUCGCGAAUCCGGAGGAAUUUAAUCCCGAAAACUUCACAGACGAAGCAAGAGCGGGGCGAAUAUCCAGCGCUUGGACACCUUUUGGAGAUGGACCAAGGCAAUGCAUUGGAAUGAGAUUUGGAUACAUGCAGGUGAAGACGUCAAUUGUGGCAUUGCUGAAGAAUUUUAGGUAUACCCUUCACCAGAGCACCCCGACCAAAUUGAGCUUUGCCUGCGACACCAUAGCGCUGGCCCCCGCCCAGGAUAUAUUUUUAAAUGUCUCCAGAGUUGAUUAUUUACGAGCGACUAUUGCAACAAAUACGAUUGCAAUGUUGUUGACUUUGUUUGCGAUUGCGGCGCCUGUGCUGGCGUACCUCUACGUAAAAUGGAAGUACACUUAUUGGAAAAGGAGGGGGGUGGUGCAACCGGAAGCGAAGUUUCCCUUCGGCAGCUUCAAAAGGGCGAUUUUGAAGAAAAUGACAUUGGAGCAGAACGUUCGUUUAUUUUAUGAAGAAUUGAAAGGCAGCCAUAAGUACUUCGGGUUGUACCUUUUCUUUCAACCCAUAUGGGUCGUUACCGAUUUGAAUUUAAUGAAACGGAUUUUGCAACCGGACUUCCAAUAUUUUACCGACCACAAUUUUUAUCACCACGACAAGGAGAUGCUGACCAACAACCUUUUCAAUUUGGAGGGAGAACGUUGGAAAACGCUAAGGGCCAAGCUGACACCUACGUUCACUUCCGGAAAGAUGAAGAUGAUGUACGGAAUAAUCUACGAGCUGAGUACAAAACUAGAAUCGUUGGUUGAAAAUCAUUUCGCCACCAAGAAACCCUUGGCGAUAAGAGAUGUCGUGGCGCGUUUCUCGACUGAUGUCAUAGCUAGCUGCGCUUUUGGUUUGCAAGCGAAUUGCCUAACGGAUCCGGAGGCGGCGUUUAGACAGUACGGGAGGAAAAUAUUCGAAGUCAGGCCGGUCAAGGCUUUGCUCGAACAGUUUGUCAAUUGGAACCUUCUUGCUGCAUUGGGAUUUUCCUUCUUCCCUAAAGACACCACGAAGUUCUUCCUAGACGUCGUUAAUGAAACAAUCAAUUAUAGAGAGAAAAAUAAUAUACGAAAGAACGACUUUGUGCAUCUCCUGCUCCAACUGAAGAACACAGGGAAAUUAGAUGACAAUGGCGAUAUUACCAAAACGUCUCAGGGAAUAUUGACCUACGAGGACGUGGCAUCUAGUAUGUUCGUGUUUUACGUAGCAGGUUUCGAAACUUCUUCGACCACAACUUCGUUUUUGUUCUACGAGCUCGCCUGCAACCAAGAUAUUCAGGAUAGAUUAAGAGACGAAGUUAGGGAAGUGUUCGCGAAACACAAAGGCAAAUUGACAUACGAAGCCUUACAAGAAAUGCAUUACACUCAGAAAUGCAUCGAUGAGACUUUAAGGUUGUAUCCACCAGUGGCGAUGCAUUUCAGAAAAUGUAGCAAGCGAUAUCGAGUACCGGAUUCGGAUCUGGUGAUCAACAAAGGUGACGUGGCGAUUCUGCCAGUAUUUGCCAUUCAGCGGGACUCCAACAUAUUCCCAAAUCCAGAGAAAUUUAAUCCCGAAAACUUCAGCGACGAAGCGAGGUCUGGGAGGAUUUCCAGCGCUUGGACUCCAUUUGGGGAUGGACCGCGACAAUGCAUCGGGAUGAGAUUCGGAUACAUGCAGAUAAAAACAUCCAUAGCAGUGUUGCUGAGGAAUUAUAGAUUCACUCUCCAUGAGAGUACUCCAAAGAAAUUGACCUUUGCUUGUAGUGCUCUCACGUUAACGCCGGUACAGGACAUAGUGCUAAACAUUUCGAAAGUUGAUUGAUAAACUCGGAUAAUAAAAUGCUUGUAUGAUAUAAAAAGUGUUAAUAUAUGAUGUAACACAUGAACCUUUGAAUAAAUCAAUACAUACCGA